AUGAAACUCCUGCUCCUGGCUCUUCUGGUUGGAGCUGUGUCUGCUCUUCAUCUGAUGAGUAAGUCUCCUUUGCCUUUGAGCCCCUUGGACGAUAAGAUCCUGAAGGAGGAGGAGAUGCUCACACAGGAAGCUGAGGAGAUUACAUCUGAGGAGCGGAUGGCGCUAGAGGAGGAGGAAGGCUCUGGAAUGGAAGAGGCCUCUGGGGAAGAGGGAGCUGUGGAGUCGGUCUCAUCCCUGGAUGUAGCAAACAGCAGCCUUCAGUGUCCGGCAAAAGAGGACACAGUGAAACUGGUGGGCAUCCCUGGAUGCAAAACCUGCCGCUACAUCCUGCAUGUUUGCCACAGGUGCUACCGGGGUAACCUCGUCUCCAUCCACAAUUCUAUCUCUAACUACCAAAUCCAGUGCUUGGUCAGUGUGCUCAACCAAGGUCAAGUCUGGAUUGGAGGCAGGAUCUCAGGUUCGGGUCACUGCCAGCGCGUUUUCUGGGUCGACCACAGCCCUUGGAAUUUUGCAAACUGGGCUGCCGGCCAGCCUUGGGCCUGUGGUGGCCAAUGCGUGUCCAUGUGUGUCCAAGGAGGCCGCUGGCGCCGAUCUCAUUGUGCCAUGAAACUCCCCUUCAUCUGUUCCUAUUGA